AUGAACGAAGGCAGUUCACAUUAUGAUCCCUAUAUUCCCACAGAAUCUGCGUCAAAGCCAGUUGGCAAUGGUGCCGGCGGUUCGCGUACAGCUCAGAUUCAGGCUCAGAUCGACGAGACAGUGGGCGUCAUGCGGGACAAUAUCAACAAAGUAAACGAGCGUGGGGAAAACCUGAACUCGCUUCAGGACAAGACGGAUAACCUUGCUGUGUCAGCGCAAGGAUUUCGUCGUGGUGCCAACCAAGUGCGCAAGCGCAUGUGGUGGAAAGAUGUCAAGAUGCGUAUGCUCAUUGUCGUCGCGAUUAUUAUCCUACUCUGUGUGAUUAUUAUCCCGGCCGCCGUUACAACGACAGAUAAAAACAGCGACAAUGACUCUAAGCAAGAAUCAAGCAGCAUACAGCCUUCGAGUACGGCAACACCAUGA